AUGACACCAGGAGCAUUCCUCCAGCUGGCCGAGGAUGGAGAUGACGACAAUGGAAAGACUGGCGAGAUGCAGAUGCUGGAAGUCUCGCGCGAGGAGGUACGAAAGACCGUCGAUGACGAUGCGCGAGGCUUGAAGCGACUCUGGCAAUCGCUCUACGUCUUUACAUACUGUUACAUAUAUGACCCGAUUGCGACGGGCUUCCGGUUUGUCCAUCUGGUAAUAAUCUUCCUGCCUGUCAUUCUUACAGCUCCGACGAUAUGUUUUGGUAAGCAGUUGAAGGAUCGUGAGGGUAUACGCACGGGGACUCUAUGGUGGUAUAGGUUUCUGGUCCGAUCUAUGGAACGCGCAGGCCCAGCUUUUAUCAAGCUUGGACAAUGGGCGGCCUCACGUACAGACAUCUUCCCACCGGAACUUUGCGACAUCAUGUCAUCACUGCAUUCAAAUGCACCUGCACACUCCUUGCAUCAAACGAAGAGAACGAUAAGGAAGGCAUUCAAUUGGCUGCCAUUCGAAGACAUUUUCGAGGAAUUCCAAGAAGAACCAUUGGGCGUGGGCGCUAUCGCGCAGGUAUACAAGGCGAAGCUGAAGCCCAAUCUUGCGGGGACCGAUGACGACAUCGACCUUCAUCCACAUGGUCUACGAGACAAGGUCCGAAAGAACGUUGGAGCGUUAGUCAAAAGCUCUCCUCAACGCGUGCCAUCGUCUUAUGUAGCUGUCAAGGUGCUUCAUCCGAGGGUAGAACGCGUGAUUCACAGAGAUCUGAAGAUCAUGUCGUUCUUCGCAUCCUUAAUUAAUGCCAUACCUACCAUGAAUUGGCUAUCUUUGCCGGAUGAAGUUCAUCAGUUUGGUGAAAUGAUGAAAUUACAAUUGGAUUUACGAAUUGAAGCCACGAACCUCGUCAUGUUCCGUGAGAAGUUCAGGUCACGCACUACAGCCUGGUUCCCAUAUCCGUAUCUGGACUACUCUACUCGCGAGGUGCUCGUGGAGGAGUUUGCACAGGGUAUUCCACUGUCGACCUUCCUCGAGGUAGGAGGAGGCGUCUACCAGGAAGAGAUCGCGAACGAAGGCUUAGAUGCCUUCCUCCAUAUGCUGUUGAUCGACAACUUCGUCCAUGCGGAUCUGCACCCCGGGAAUAUCAUGGUUCGAUUCUACCGGCCAAGUGAAUUGGAUUUGUCACUAGGAAAUAAGUCUCGCGCAUCGGAGGCACCAUCUGCGGAAGAGGUUGAUGUUACAGAAUCUGUGCUCGCACGGUUGCGCCCACACAUCGAUAAUCGGCGCGACUGGGUGAAAGCGCUCGAUGAUCUGAACGCUGAGGGCUAUCGGCCCCAGCUCAUAUUCAUCGACACUGGACUAGUGACUCAACUAAACGACCUCAACCGGCGCAAUUUCAUUGACCUGUUUCGCGCCAUUGCCGAGUUCGAUGGGUAUCGAGCCGGUGAACUCAUGGUCGAACGAUGUCGUCAACCGGAUGCAGUGAUCGACCCAUAUUACUUCGCCCUGGGCAUGGAACAUCUGGUGCUAAAUAUCAAGUCUCGCACGUUUGCCCUCGGUAGCGUCAAAAUUGGAGAUGUACUGAGUGAUGUCCUAUCCAUGGUCCGUAAACAUCACGUUCGACUCGAGGGAGAUUUCGUCAACGUCGUUAUCUCGUGUCUUCUCCUUGAGGGCAUUGGACGUAAUCUAGAUCCCAAUCUCGAUCUUUUCAAGAGGUACAUAGAUCCUCUCGCCCUGUUAUUUCACACGGCCCACUGA